AUGAACGGGGAAGAGAGUUCCGAGUACUCGCUGGUGUCCGACGAGCCGCCGGAAGUGCUUAGUCUCUCUGCAGACCGCUCAGAGAGCCCCCAUGACCUCGCCCGCCAUGCCCGUGACAUGACCUGGGCCGAGGCGGCUGGCUCGCAGCCACCGACCGCCUCCUCGACCUCCCGUUCUGCCAAGGGCAAUAGCGAGCGGUCAGAGCCAGGUACGACCACCCAAAGCUUCACCCGUCCUGGGCAUGCUCCCAGCCACCCUCAUGCUGCUUUGUCGGCGCUCAACUCGGCGCUGUCGUCCGCUACCCCCUACACGGCUUCAGCAGACGCCUCCGGGUCAUCCAACGUCGGCCGCCUCGCUGACCACCAGUCCUCCGGCUCGUCGACGCCUCCGCCGGUCAUCACUCUGGCCGAGACCUCGCCUGCGCGGGCAGUACCGGGGAGCAAGAUGCGACGGUCUCGGAGGGGCGCCGGUGCAGAUGGGCUGCUCUCUGUCCACUCGGGGGGCGCCAAGCGCAAGUUUGACCCCUGGGCGAGCGCCGCCACUCCGCCGCGGUCCCAUGCCUUUGAUGACGACGAUGACGAGUCGUACUCGCUCUCGUCUGACCUCCUUGUCUCGCCGUAUAGAGAACCGUCUCCGGCUGCGCAUUUUGCUGCUUUGCGCCCGGCUGCGCUCUCCGUCGCUGGCGGCGUCCGCGCCCCGGACUCGUCAUCAUCGCCGCUGAGCUACUCGGCUACCCCUAGCGUCUCCAGCCCCGCAAGCGCCAAGAGCCUCGCCGCUCCUUUCGGCGCGAGUACGACCGGCGACGAAGAUGAUGAGUACACUAUCUCCGACUCGGGCGAUCCGCUUGGCGGCGGCGUCGGCCAUAUCUUUGACGACGACGGUUUGGGCUCCGGCUCCGACUCGGGCUCGGGCUCGGACGUCGAGCAAAAAGCGUACGGGCACUCGUUUGGCAGCUCCAACGCCGCCUACAAUGACGAGAUUGCCGAGUCGUCCGGCAUGCGAUCGGUACGCGGGCGGGUGGCGACGCCGCACCCGCGCGACGACGGCGCGUUCUCGUUUGACACUCGGGACACUUCGAGAGCGAGCAAGCUCCUGGAAGAGGCGCGGCAUCCACGGCGCGGCGAUGGUGCCCGCGACGUGCCGUCGCCGGAGGACGAGCUCGACUCGGACUCGGACGACGGCCCGCCGCUAGCGGCGUCGCCGGACGUCGACCCGGGCACACUUCUCGCGCUCAUCAACGCCGACCUCGAUGCCAACACCUACCGCAACUCGCAGCCGCCGGGCACGUCGUCAUCGGAAGUCAUCGACGACGAGGUCGACCCGGACGGGGUCCUCCGCGAAGCGCGGCGGUCGUCGACGGCGGGCAAGCGCGUGCUGUUUGGCAACAACUUUGUGCCCAAGACCCGGUGCGGCAUCCUGCGUGCGCCCCGGACCCGCGCCGCGCACGCCGUGAGGACCUGCACCUUUAAGCAGAACGUCAAGAUCGAGCUCCCGGACGAGUCGUACAUCCGGCUCAACUGCCUCACUUCGACCACCGUCAAGCAAGUCAUCGAGCUUGUGGCCGAUCAGCUCGGUAUUGUCCAGCGCGAGUACCUCGGCCUCCUCGAGUACUCGGUCCAGGGUUAUGAGUGCUGGCUCAAGCCCGAGUCGUCGCUCCUGCGCCAGGUCAAGUUCGUCGUGCCAUCGGUCAAGUUUAUGUUCAAGCUCCACCCGCGGACUAUUGACGAGCUCACCGACCCGCUCGCCAUCCAGCUCCUCUACCACCAGACCCGGGCCAAUCUCGUCUCGGGUCUCUACGACGCCGAACUGACAAAGUCGGUGGCGCUCGAGAUGACGGCUAACGCGUUCCAGGCCACCUUUGGCGACCACGUCGAAGGCCUCCACAUCCCUGGCUUCCUCACCCGCCCGGUCACGCUCUCGAUGUUUCUCUCGCGCCACAUCCUCCGCAAGUACCGCAAUAAGGUGUGGCAAAAGCGUAUCUUUGCUGUCCACCAGCUCCUCCGAGGCAUGAGCAAGACCGAGGCCAUGACUGCCUACCUCCGCCACGCCGCCGAGUCGAUUCCCUCGUUUAGCAUGGAGUAUUUUCACGUUCACAACGCCACCAACAAGGCCGCCAUCACCCUCUGUAUCGGGCCCGAGUUCCUGGAGGUCUUCCGCAAGUCGCGCUCGCUUGGCACCCACUCGUACCGAGACAUCUUCCGUGUCGUCCUCGAGUCGUGCGGUCGCGGGACCGCCAAGCGCUACCGUAUCACCUUUAAGAUCGGCAUUGUUAACUCGCCGGACUUGCCAGACUCGGCCAUUGCGCCGUUUAUGGUGACAACCGACAACACCACCGACGCCGAGCUCAUUCUCGCCCUUGUCCAGUCGUACACGCUGCUGUACAAGGCACGCGCCCGCUCGGGUGGCCGCUCGCGCACGAGCUCGCGCGCCAAGCGGACUCGCUUCUCGCGGGUCGCCUCGCACGACGCCAUCGCCUCGGAGCUCGGCUCGCUUUACUCAACCCCGCGCGCCAUCUCGGCCGGCGCCGGCCUGCAGUCGUCCGUGCUCCUCGCAGCGUCGUCGCUCGGCGGCUCGAUGGGCUCGAUUCCCGAGCUCCAUUCGCCGUCGGGCGGUGCCCGGAACAGCUUUGCCUUUGAUGGCGGCUCCGGCUCUGGCUCCGGCUCGGACGGCUCCGACCCGGAUGUGGCGGCGGCAGCGGCCGCCCGCGACGCCGUGCGGCGGAUGUCGCGCCAGCGCUCGACCGAUUCGAUCGGGCGCCACGGCUCGGGCCUCCCCUCGCGCUCCGGCCGCCGGCGCGCCAAUUCGCACGGGAUGGAUCAGAGCGGACGCGUGCGAGGCCGCCGCAAGCGCUCGUCGUCGGCGCGUGAGUCGACCCACGGCGAGCUCGGUGCCCACGCCGCCGAGGCCCGGCGCGCCGAGGCCGCACAAGCUGCGCUGGCCGCCAAGGCUGCACGCGACCGCCGCCGCCGUCCCGGGCCGCCGGGCCGCGAGCUGCUCUCGCGUGACUCGCUGCAGGUCAUCCAGCUCGAGGCCGCCGUCUCGGGCACGCUGCCCAAUGUCCGGGUGGCUCUCGGGGACGGAUCUUCGGUCCGCGCCCUCCACGCCGAGCCGGGCACCACGGCCAUCGAGCUGUACAAGCAGUACCGCGACAUGCUCGACCUCGCUGACUUUGUCGAGCUCCACGUCGUUGUGGCGGCUGCCUCGCUGCCAACCCUUGCCGGCCUCGUUGUCUCGCCGGACAAGCAAUGGGUGUGGGUCGAGCCGGCCGAGCCGCUCCUCCCGCAAGUCCUUGCUGCCGAUGAGACGUCACGGCGGCAGGUCCAGCUUGUUGUCCGCAUCCGCUCCUUCCUUGGCUUUAACGCCCUCGAGCUCUCCGACUACGAGACGAUCCACGCCGCGUACCUGCACGUCCGUGGCCAGCUCCUCCACGGCGAAUUCGAUGCCGAGCUCGACAUGCCCAUCAUGAUCCGGCUUGCAGCACUCCAAGUCCAGGCCCGGCGCGGAAACUGGGACGAGUCAGACGAGGUGGUCGUCGACGUCUCCACCGUUGCCCCGCCCGCACUCGCGCCCAAGCUCGCCGCCGCAGACGUCGUCCUCAUGUACCAGUCGCUUGCCGCGCGGCCGAGCAUCGAGGCUGAGCGUGCCUUUCUCGACAUCACCUCGACGCUCUCCAAUUUUGGCGCCUUUGUCUUUCCGGUCGACGUCGCCCACGCCGGAAAGGCACUGGAUCUUCUCCUUGCCCCCGACGCCCACGGCCUCGCCGGCCCUGACCGCAAGGUCGUCGUCAUGGGCCUUGCCACCGCGUAUGAGGCUGCGGAUCUGCUCUCGUGUUUGUUUGCGCAUGAUGCGUACUAA